AUGCCGCUGGAGGAGGUCCAGGAGGUCGUCACGGUCCGGUCCCGCUUGUCCAGGAUCCGGUUGUCGUUUAUAAGGCCCUCGUUGUCGCCGCCGGAGGACGGCACGGGGUUAUUACCCCAAAUGCGCAAGAUCCUCGAGAACGACGGCGAUUUGUUGGACUUCACGAACUUCCUCAUGCGCGAGUUCGCCGACGAGCCGCUCCAGUUCUACGCGGCGAUCGCGGACUUCACCUCGCAGUUCGGCACUCCCACGGAGAAGAAGCGCGGCAUGGUCGAGCUGCCGCGGCGCUUCACGACCGUCGAGGAGGGGCCCGAUGAAGACGAUACGAUUGAGGAAGUUGCUGAUAGCAAGACGGAAGCCCGCCAAGCCGCGGCAAGGGAGAUCUUCGACGAGUUCCUGGCGACGGACGCGCCGCGCCAGGUCCACGUCCCGGCGAAGAUGCGCAAGGCCCUGAAGAAGGAGCUCGACGCUGGCUUAUGCUUACCGGCCGUGUUCCGACCGGCGUUAGGUGAGGUCUUGACGGCGUUAGCAAGAGACAAGCUCGUGCCCUUCGUGACGCAUCAGCGCAACGACAAGAAGAUCUGGAUUCGAGUCUUGCGCAUUCUCGAGAGUAGUGUCGCGUCGGAGAAAAGGCAGUCGUUUCGAGGUGGAGCCCCAAAGCCGGACCCGGCGUCGCCCGGCCGCGCGCGCCAGCCGACCAUGGCGACCGUGCCCAAGAAGCGCUUCGACCACCGGCGCUUGAGCGUCGACGUGCGUAUGGUGGUCGCGCGCGAGCUGGACCUCGAGGAGCUCCGGAAGAAGCACGCCGCGGCGACGAAGGCCUAG